UCCACACGUACUGUACAAGACAAGAGAACGCACACGAGCUGACGAGCAAGAGCCACCACUGGUACGUGCCUACGAGCACACCGAGGAUGAGCAUGUCACCGGCGUUGGAGGAGAGCUACGCGAGGCUCGGCCUCGACCUCGGCCGGACGUGGCGGCGAGUGAGGGGGUUCCGGCUCUGCGCCUGGAAGCACCGGUUCUCGGUGCGCCGUCUGCGGUCAAAGCUGCUCGCGUUCCUGGGCAACGUCGGCAUGCACGCGCGUCAGCUUGGGAGGAGGCUCUCGACGUCGUCAACGAGAGGCAGCUCGGCGUGCGCACGGAGCGGCAGCGCGAGAGCUCUAGUGGGCGGAAAGGGGUCGCAGAGGUGGUGCCCGGGCGGAGAGACGACGAACAAGGCGCCGAGGAGCGCGGCGUCGUUCAUGCGGACCAACUCGUUCUACGCGCAGGCCAUCGCCGACUGCCUCGAGUUCAUCAAGCGGAACUCGGUGCCGCUCGAAGACUACAGCAGCGGCGGCGGGAGAUAGAAGAACUUGCUGGAGGCUCCGUCUAAAACGUGUACAGCUGAACUAGAUGGAAAAAGAAAUUAAUAGGGGGUCCCAAAUCGAUGGAGUCUCUGU